CGAGGUCGAGCAGCCCCUGAGCCCGCACGGCCGCGCUGCAAAAAGCGGGGCCGAGGACGCGCGCUCUCCUGCACGACACCACCACCAGGCCAGCAGCGACCAGAUCACCAGCUAGCCAGGCGCACAAAAGCGCCGCGCCCCCGUGGCCUCUCCUCUCCUCUCCCCCUUCCCCGGUUCACACUGUUCACACUGCCUGUCCCACCCCCGCCUACAAAAGGCAACGAUCGCCUUCCCCUGCGGCGGCACGGAUCGUCUCCUGGCGCUGCUGCAGCACCGCGAGGGGUUUGGAGGCAGCAGGACAGGAGGGCGCGAGAAAUGGACUGCUUGGGCUGCUUCAAGGGGAGGUCGAGGAACGGGGGGUCAUCGGGAAGGCGGGGGCCGUCUGCGCCGGCGUCGGGCCCGGCGACCACGGCGGCAUCGGGCCCGGCGACCACGGCGGCAUCGCUGUCGGCGGUGAGCACGAGCCGAUCGGACGAAUCAGGGGCGGUGCGGCCGGUGAGCAAGUCGGCGGGGUCGACCGGUUCGUCGCAGUCGCAGCGGAGCAUCUCGUCGCUGUACGAGGAGCGGGGCCACGGCCAGCUGCGGGCGUUCGACUACGAGGAGCUCCAUGGUGCCACCGGCGAGUUCAGCCGCGCGCAGAAGCUCGGCGAGGGCGGAUUCGGGAGCGUCUACAAGGGCUUCGUGAGCCCGCUCGACGGCAAGGGGGACCGCAUCGCCGUCGCCGUCAAGAGGCUCAACCAGCGCGGCCUGCAGGGACAUAAGCAGUGGUUGGCCGAAGUACAGUUUCUUGGUGUACUAGAGCACCCAAAUCUUGUUAAGCUACUUGGAUACUGUGCUGUUGACACUGAAAGAGGGGCACAAAGAUUGUUGGUCUACGAGUAUAUGCCAAACAAGAGCUUGGAAGAUCACUUGUUCAGCCGAGUUAAUCCUCCUCUAUCGUGGAAUAGAAGGCUUCAGAUUAUCUUGGGUGCUGCAGAAGGAUUGGCUUACCUGCAUGAAGGGGUAGAAGUUCAGGUAAUCUACCGGGACUUCAAGGCUUCGAACAUUCUACUGGACAAGGACUUCAGAGCAAAGCUAUCAGACUUCGGGCUCGCGAGGGAGGGACCAACUGGAGAAAACACUCACGUGUCGACUGCGGUCGUCGGGACGCACGGGUACGCGGCGCCGGAAUACAUGGCGACGGGGCACCUGUCGGCGAAAAGCGACGUGUGGAGCUUCGGCGUGGUGCUGUACGAGAUCCUGACGGGGCGGCGGUCGCUGGACCGGAACCGGCCGCUGGCGGAGCAGAAGCUGCUGGAGUGGGUGGCCCAGUUCCCGCCUCAGAGCCGCAACUUCCGGAUGAUCAUGGACCCCAAGCUCCGCGGCGAGUACUCGGCGAAGGCCGCCCGGGAGAUCGCCAAGCUGGCCGAGAGCUGCCACCUCAAGAACGCCAAGGAGCGGCCCACCAUGAGCGAGGUGGUCGAGGUGCUCAGGCGGGCCGUGCAGGCGCAGGCUGAGCCGGCCGACGGUGACAACAGGAACGGCAAGGGGAAGAGGGCCGACGCGGCCGGGACGUCCAGGAGGUGACUGCUACGGUGCCGUCGUCGGCUGAGUUAAUUGGUCACGGAGAAGAGAUCGAUAUGGUGUUGUCAGUCGUGACAGCACGCCAAGAGUUUUUUUUGUGUGUGUAGGGGCUUGCGUAUUUUUUUCCCGCACAUUAACUUAGACGACGUGUGUGUAUAGAGACUAGUUUGCGGAUUUUUUUUUUCUGAAAGCGAGCACUUAAAAAGUAAUUGUGCACUGAAGCUGUUCGUUUAUGUU